CUGAGUUAGACACGGUCAGUUAUAAUAGGAUAUCCAGCUAAGGUCGUCGUGCAUUAGGAACGGAUCAAAAACAACCCUCAAUUUAAACGCUGCGUUAUUUUUUUAAUUGUUUUGUCUUAUAACGUCCAAUCAAAUCAAGUGAACGGAAAUCGCACAAAUGAUUUAAUAAAUUCAAUUAUAUUUACAGCGUUUAUAACUUUGUUUUCUUGUGUCGAUCUAAAUAAGUGAACGUAAAUAGCACAAGUGUAGUUCUUAAUUAGUUACCAAAAGCGUUUUAUGUUUUUUUUAUUAAAUCGUUCUAAAUAAGUGAACAAAAAUUUCCGUCAGUUUAAUAUUGAUUCCUAAAAAAAAAGUUUUGUAAUUUUUGGUUAAACCGUUCUAAAAAAGUGAAUUCAAACUUCGGUUGUGUAAUAUUUUUAAUUACAUUUAUAGAAGUGUUUUCAUUUUUUUUUAAGCGUAAAUUACGUGAAACGUGGACAUGAAACAUUUUUAAUUAGUUAACAAAAGCGUUCUUGAGAAGUGAACUAAGUGGAAAGUGUAAAGAUGGAGAUAAUAAAAAUCUUCUACAUCUGGACAAUUUUAACGUUCGUUGUACUACAGAGUGUAAUAGUAGGAAGUCAAGAAAGCUCAUUCGAGCUUCCGGUGCAAUUGUUUGGUUUCCCUUUCAUCAUAAUGGCGGUUAGGAUCACAAAUUUCAUUAAGAAACUCUCUUACGCUGUGAGCCCAGCUACAUACCGCUCCAGAAAUCGUCGCGAGUUGACUUUAGCGAGUGACUCCGAGCCGUAUGACUCGCAAGAAGUAGAGAAGUACAUCGUAGGAGAGUUCGGCGCGCGAGCCUGCGUGUUUGAGAGAGUGUGCGCGCACUAUGCAACCAGAGCGCGAUCACAGCCGCGACCACAGAUGAAUUGGUCUGAUGUAUUCAGACAAUACAAGCGUUCACCAGAGCAGGCCAAAGAGCUGUAUCUACUGAGCGUAUUCCUCGGAGACAUCGUGGGGUCGCCGCAACUGUGCCACCAGCUAGCCAAGAGGCGGGCUUGUGAUGACACCUUGCUAGCCGACAAUCAUUAACGUUUAGACAAUAGAUUAAGAAUAGUCUAAGAGCCCGUGAACU